CUGCCUGGUAUCCCAUUUGCACCAGGCAGUGAGGGACGCUGAGCAUCCUGGCCCGUGGCUUCCCGGGCGGCUAGUGGCCCCCUGCUUCCCAACUGCCAGCUGUGUGCCUCAGUGCCCGAGAAGAGAGAAGAGAUUUGAAGAGGCGCCAUGAGCUUCCUGUUCCUACUAGUGAGCAGCAUUCUGUUUGCCUUCAUGUUUGUCUUCUGGAAAACCUGGUUUCAGAGAAACACUGGUGAAAUGUCAUCAAAUUCAACUUCUCUUGCACUAGUAAGAUCAUCCUCUUCUACGCAGUCAACUAAGAGCAAUACUGAUAAGAGUCUUUUGGUCAACAGUCUCUCUCGGGAUAUCUUAAUUAAUUUCCCACACUCAGUAGCCAUGCAGAGGCGAAUAUUGGUAAACCUCAGGAUCGUGGAAUACAAGCUGGCUGAACUGGAACAAUUCCUAGUUACUAAGGGUUUAAAUGGUGCAUUAGUUAACCGGAAAUCCACUGACAAGCCUACAGAAUGUCAUAACAAUUGAGGCAAUCAUUAAAAGGACUUUGAGUGGAUUCAUUUGAUUAUAUGUGUUUAUACCAAAUGAAUUAUUAUUUAAAAGGGGAGGGGUGCCAAGUCAGAUACAAAAUCCAGACAUUGUCAGUUUGCUUACAUUUAGAGAGUUGAUUAUGUUGCUAACAUAUUUUACUGGAGAAGGAAUGAAAGCACAAUAGAGACAGAAACAGUUUGAGUUGUUUUCUUUUUAUUAGUUACAGUAAAAAGAAUAUAGUUGAGAUAUAGUGAUUUUUAACUUGAAUUGUGAAAGUUUUUUUUUUUUUCUAGUGGUUUACAAUACAAUACUGUAAAUGUCUCCAAGUUUGCAUUAAAGUAAAUGAGAUUUGA